AUAGCAUGGAUCGAUUGCAAGAUCAACUUCGUAAAAAAAUUGAUCAAAAGAAAUAUUUACUUGUAUUAGAUGAUGUGUGGAAUGAAGAUUUUCACAAAUGGGAUAACUUGAAAAACCUAUUAAUGGGUGGUGCUAAGGGAAGUAGGAUUGUAAUAACCACGCGUAUCAAAUUGGUCGCGGAUAUUACAAGCCCGUUUUCAAUAUACACUCUUACUGGUCUCUCUGAAAACCAAUCUUGGUUUUUAUUUGAGCAAAUAGCAUUUAGAAAAGGUCAAGAGACUCAUAAUCUUAGACUAGUAGAAAUUGGAAGGGAGAUUGUACGCAAAUGUCAAGGGGUACCCCUCACCAUAAAGUCCACAGGAAGAGUUUUGCGUUUUAAGGAAAACGAGCUUGAAUGGUCAUAUGUCAAGGAUAAUAUACUAGAAAGUGUAACUCAGCAGGAGAGUGGCAUUUUUCCAACUAUAAAGUUGAGUUAUGAUUAUCUUCCAUCAAAUUUGAAAGGUUGUUUUGCCUUUUGUUCUUUGUUUCCUAAAGAUUAUGAGAUUGAUAAGAUGACACUCAUACAAUUAUGGAUAUCACAAGGAUUUAUCCAAUCAUCAAACAAACAGUUGGAGGACGUUGCAGAUGCAUAUGUCAAGGAUCUACUAUGGAGAUCCUUCUUUGAAGAAGUAAGUGAUGAAGUGGGAUACUUAAAAUAUUACAAGAUGCAUGAUUUAAUUCAUGAUCUUGCACAAUCAAUUGCAGGGGCAGAGUGUACACUCGUCAAUUUGGAUAAAAAAAAUAUUGAUGGAAAAACUCGUCAUAUAUCAUGUCAAUUUUCUAUUGAUUCAUCUUUUAUUAAAACUUUAAGGUUGGGUAAAGCAAAUAUGGUACGCACACUUCUUUUGACACAUGAUAACUAUGCAUCUGGUGCCAUGGAUAUGUCAACAUUGAAUAAACUAAUUGAGAAUUUCACAAGCUUGCGUGCAUUAGAUUUACAUGGAUUGAAGAUUACAAAAGUUCCCAAUUCCAUUGAGAAGCUAAUACAUUUGAAGUACUUUGAUCUUUCAUUUAAUUAUAUUGAAAAUCUUCCUAAUUCAAUUACCACAUUGUUGAAUUUGCAAACACUAAAACUCCAGCAAUGUUUGGAACUUAAACAAUUGCCUGGAAAUAUUGCAAAAUUGGUUAAUCUCAAGCAUCUUGAUAAUAGUGGUUGUUUUGGGUUGAGUUAUAUGCCUCACAGUGUGGGACAAAUGACUGGUCUUCAGACAUUACCAUUAUUCAUUGUGAGCAAAGACCCUCAUUCCAUCUUCAAGCAAGUUGGUGGUCUAGGCGAAUUGAAUCAACUUAACAACUUGAGAGGAACACUACAUAUCAUAUGUUUGGAGCAACUGGAAGAUACUAACUCAGAAUGCAAGGCUGCUAAUUUAAGAGGAAAGCAACAUCUUGAAAAGCUGAUAUUGAGAUGGUAUCAAGAAGGUAAUAUUAAUAAUGAUAAUGAGAAGUCAUUAGAAGAGCUCCAACCUCACCAAAAUCUCAAAUAUUUGGAGUUGUAUGGGUAUAAGGGUGUGAAAUUUUCAAGUUGGCUUUCUUCUCUCACAAAUCUUGUUGAUUUAGAUUUGCAGUUUUGUGCGAGAUGCAAACAUCUGCCAUCGUUGUCUCAACUCCCUUCUCUGAAACGCUUAUAUAUGAGGUAUAUGGAUGAUCUCGAGUACAUAUCAGAAAGGGAUAUAAGUGACUCGUCUACGCCAUUCUUCCCAUUGCUAAAGUCUCUUGAAAUCCACUACUGUUAUAAUCUGAAGGGGUGGUGGAGAAGCACAUCAACUCUAAAUCAUCAACAAAAUCAGUUAUUGCCUUCAUUUCCUCGUCUUUCUUUUUUAAAAAUUGAGCAUUGUAGUAACCUUGCUUCCAUGCCUUUGUUUCCGUUCCUCGAAGAAGAGCUAUGUCUAAUCCACAGCAGCAGCAAGCCUUUGCAACAAACAAUGGCAAUCGCUUCACUUCCCUCUUCAUCAUUCACUCCAUUUCCUCUAUCCAAAUUGAAGUCUAUGAGUUUGUAUAAUAUAGAGGAUGAAGUGUCUCUGCCACCAAAUCUAAAUUCUCUCAAGAGUCUAGACAUACAGUGGUGCCCUAGACUAAUAUCUUUGUCUGGAGUGAUGAGAUAUCUCACCUCCCUUGAGAAGCUUAGCAUUAAAUGGUGCGAUGAAUUCAAUCCAUUAAGUGAUGUGGAUGCUGAUGGCAUGGAAUGGCGACACCUCAAUUGCCUCCGUUCUUUGAAUUUUGAGAAUCUUCAGAAACUAGAGUACCUCCCUGCAGGCCUUCAAAAUGUUACAACUCUACAAAGCCUCUUCAUUUCAAGCUGUCCUAAUUUGAAAAGUUUUCCGGAGUGGAUUAGUGAGCUCACAUCACUUGACAAGCUUGGAAUUUUUAGAUGUGGCCCUAAUUUGAGAUCGCUUCCUCAUGGGAUUAGUUGUCUCACAUCUUUACGAUGGCUAACAAUUUCGGGGCUUCCCAAUUUCACGACUUUCCCAGAGUCGAUUAGCAAUCUUACCUCACUUCAAGAGCUUGAACUUUCCCACAGCCUCCUUCUCAGAUCACUUCCUGAUGGGAUUAAUUGUCUCAGAUCUUUACAAAAAUUGAGAAUUCAAGGCUUUCCCAAUUUGACAACUUUCCCGGAGAUAAGCAACCUCACCUCACUUGAAGAGCUUGUCAUUUCCAAAUGCCCCAAUCUCACAUCACUUCCUGAUAGGAUCAGUUGUCUAAGAUUUUUGCCAUAGCUGACAAUUGAAGACUUUUCCAGAGGCAUUAGCAACCUCACCUCACCACAAAAACUUCAAAUUGACUUUUGUUCAAAUCUCAUACCUAAUGAGAUGCCCAGCAUCAAAUCUUUACCAAUGCUAAGGUUUUCUUGGUUGUCCUCUUUUAGAAGAAAAGUGCAAUACAUGAAUUGCUAAGGAUUGGCCCAAAGUUGCUCACAUCCUCAACUUUCCACUCAAUAUAGAUAGCAGUCACAACAUUCUGAAACUACAACUCUUGCAACGGUGUGCUAAAGAAGCUGAGGGACGUGCUGUCUCUAAGUUUUCACAGAAGAUGAUGGAUUGCUGUCUCAAAGUCUUUACGUGGAUGAUGGAUGAUGGAUGAACUUUGAAUAGCUGGGAGAUGGAUUAACUUCUAGCUGCUGGAAGGACCAAUCGAUAUACUUCUGCUUUGUUAGAAAUUUUCGAACCAUUCGAUUUGUUAGCAUCUAACUCUUAUUACAAAGUCACCAAGGGCGGAACAGGGGAUGGUCAGCCUAAAAUUGCUCAAACCCAAGAGUUAGGAGGGGAUGAACCCGAUUUAUCCUUGACAUUUCUGGUAUAUAUAAUUAUCAUUCUGAAUCCUCUGUAAAAACUCAAAUGCUAAUGCCUUUUCUCUUCUUCUUUGCUAUCUUUGUGUAUUAAUGAUUUCUUAUUUUAUUUGAUCCUAGACGCAGAACUAAUUUGAAGCAUAGAGCAAAACCAGGAGUAAAUAUCUGAGCCUAGUGAGAACCUUUUUGGCGUGUGCAACAAGUCUAUGAAUCGAGUGAUUACCUUGUUUUUGUGUUCAUUUUUUGUCCCUCUUAUAGUUGCAUUUCCUCACAUGUGAAGAGGGGGUCCAAGAGGAAGGAGAAGAGGAAAGAUGCAUAAAUCCUUCAAUUGUUUCUUUAUUUUAAUGAUUUGUACCUAUGUUUGACGAUUUUGUUUUUGUGUUGUUGAUUUUGAAUAGACAGAAUGAACUUCAGCACUUUGUCAUAUGGGACAACAUCAUCAGGAAUGAUUAUUAUUGACAACUACUCUCUAGAAAGUGAUUUUAUAUUCAGGUUAUUUUGAUUUUUGAGAAGGACCAAACUGAUAUGGAAACUUCACCAUCCAGAUAAAAGAAAUCUGACCAAACUAACAUGGAAAUCCCACAAACCAAGUCAGAAAAUUCCAUCAUGUGUAGGGAUCCUGUCUGUAUAAAACUGAGCAAUGUAACAUAGAAACACUGAGAAAUAGAGAAAUAAAAUAGACUCGUGGAUGUAGGCCCUUUAUGGCUGAACCACGUAA